CUGGUCCAGUUAGGUAACUCAAGUAGUGUAAAUAGGGACCCUGUGUGUGUACCUGUACUGUUGGUGUGACAUUCACCCUUAAUGCCAGAAAUCUCCACCGAGAAGGAAAAGUUGAAAAUGUUUCCCAACUUUCUAAGAGACAUGGCGGUUGGAGGAAGUGCUGCAGCGGUUGCCAAGACAACCAUCGCUCCUAUAGAGAGAGUAAAACUACUUCUGCAACUACAAGCCACCUCGACCCAAAUAUCCGCCUCGAACCAAUACAAAGGAAUCAUGGAUUGUCUCAUCCGACUCCCAAAAGAACAAGGCAUUCGUUCUUACUGGAGGGGCAACCUAACCAACGUAUACCGCUACUUUUUCACUCAAGCUCUUAACUUUGCAUUCCGUGACCUUUAUAAAAGCUACAUGACCCCGCCUGCUAAAAACGGAAACAAUUUCUGGCAAGUAUUUGGCAUCAAUAUGCUCUGUGGAGGUGCGGCAGGGGUCAGUAGCAUGUGCAUUACUUACCCAUUAGACUUCGCACGUACACGGCUAUCAGCAGACGUAGGAACCGGUGGGAGCCGUCAGUUUAACGGACUUAUUCAUUGCAUGAAAAGCGUGGCAGCGAGAGAUGGUAUCGUAGGGUUAUAUAAAGGCCUCUCCCUUUCUAUCCCAACAGUAAUCGUGUACAGAGCAACUUACUUUGGUGCUUUCGACACAGCGAAAAGCAUGCUGACUGAACCAAACCAAUCACCAAUCGUAUUGACAUGGAUCAUCGCUCAAACUAGCACAACAUUAGCCGGCCUUAUAUGUUACCCCCUGGACACUAUCAGACGCCGAAUGGUGAUGCAGUCUGGUCGCUCAGUCGAGAAUCGUCAUUAUAAAAACGCUGCCGAUUGCUGCGUAAAGAUGUACCAGCAGGAAGGGGGAAUGAGAUCGUUCUACAAGGGCGCUCUCUCCAAUGUAAUUCGGGGUAUGGGAAGCGCCCUUGUACUUGUUCUAUACGACGAGUUAAAGCAGAUCACAUGAACUACAAUCGUCGCAAGCCAUGGCGAACUACAACGAUAUUAAAGCCAGAGUUAGAACUUUAGUGUCGCUUCACGAACCUGUGUUGACGAGCUUGUAAUUUUAUCACCUAUUCCUAUAACUCGCAUUUUAAUUUUUAAUUCUCCUUGCUUUUAAGCCAACCCCAACAGGCACUGUGUCCUUGUGUAUUAUUAUAACCAAUUACCCCAUGAAAUUUCGUACCAAUCCUUAAGACUUUCGCCUGUCAUUUGUCCUCAGAACGAAUGCUGAAGUCGCAACAUGCUAUCGUUCCUGUUCUGGUUGGACGAGCUAGCUUGUGGUGUUGUGUAAGUACAAAUCAUAAUUUAUAA